GCUGGGCGCGCGACCCUGGUCCUUCUGCCCCCGGCCGUACGCUUUGCUCACGUCUCUCUCUGCAUGGUGGAUAUUAUUUUUCAUUAUCCUUUUCUGGGUGCUAUGGGGGAUCAUUCCAAGAAGAAGCCCGGGACGGCCAUGUGCGUGGGCUGCGGGAGUCAGAUCCACGACCAGUUUAUCCUUCGGGUGUCGCCCGACCUCGAGUGGCACGCCGCCUGCCUCAAGUGCGCUGAGUGCAGCCAGUAUCUGGAUGAGACGUGCACGUGCUUCGUGAGAGACGGGAAAACGUACUGCAAGCGGGACUACGUCAGGCUGUUCGGCAUCAAGUGUGCCCAGUGUCAGGUGGGCUUCAGCAGCAGUGACCUGGUGAUGCGGGCGCGGGACAGCGUGUACCACAUCGAGUGCUUCCGCUGCUCCGUGUGCAGCCGCCAGCUGCUCCCUGGAGACGAGUUCUCGCUGAGGGAGCACGAGCUGCUCUGCCGAGCCGACCACGGCCUCCUGCUGGAGCGCGCUGCGGCCGGCAGCCCGCGCAGCCCUGGCCCGCUCCCCGGCGCCCGCGGCCUGCAUCUGCCAGACGCCGGGUCCGGACGACAGUCCUCACUGCGUACGCACGUGCACAAGCAGGCGGAGAAGACAACCCGGGUGCGGACUGUGCUCAACGAGAAGCAACUGCACACCCUGCGGACAUGCUACGCCGCCAACCCGCGGCCUGACGCGCUCAUGAAGGAGCAGCUGGUAGAGAUGACCGGCUUGAGCCCGCGGGUCAUCCGUGUGUGGUUUCAGAACAAGCGUUGCAAGGACAAGAAGAAGUCCAUUCUCAUGAAGCAGCUACAGCAGCAGCAACACAGCGACAAGGCGAGUCUCCAGGGACUAACUGGGACGCCUCUGGUGGCGGGCAGCCCCAUCCGCCACGAGAACGCCGUGCAGGGCAGCGCAGUCGAGGUGCAGACGUACCAGCCGCCCUGGAAAGCUCUCAGCGAGUUCGCACUCCAGAGCGACCUGGAUCAACCCGCCUUUCAACAGCUGGUCUCCUUCUCCGAGUCAGGCUCCCUAGGCAACUCCUCUGGUAGCGACGUGACCUCUCUGUCUUCGCAGCUCCCGGACACCCCCAACAGUAUGGUACCUAGUCCGGUGGAGACGUGAGACAGGACCCUUCCCUGCCAGCCCGCGGACCUCGCAUGCUCCCUGCAUGAGACUCACCCAUGCUCAGGCCAUUCCAGCUCUGAAAAAUCUCCGGCCCUUGUAAUUAUUGUUGUUAUUUAAAGCGAGCGGGCAGAGGCACGCGACAGCGACAGGACGGCCAGCAGCGCGGGGACACUUGCCUGCCUCGCUGAGACUGGAGACUCCUGCUUCAAGGACUUUUCGGUUUUUUUUUUUUUUCCUCGUAACUAGAAUUUGGGACAUUCUGGGUUGGCUCCGCCCUCGCCUCUCCCUCGCCGCGUGGGGAACUGCCACUCUGUCUCUGCGCCCCACUCGCCCGGGAACCCAUUUGGUGGGGUCCUA